AUGCGUUUCUGGGACGCCUGGGGCCUGACUGGCUUAACCAGCCUAGCAGUUGCCCAAAGCGUGACCGUUGUCUCGACUGUGGCCUCGACAUCUGCUGCAGUCACUGCCGCCGCGUCUUCGACUGCAUCGCCUACAGCCCUCUCAUCUCCGACCUCCUCUUCAGUGGUAAUUGUUGCUACCGAUAGCUCCGGGCAGUUUACUGCAAUCGGCGAUGCCAUCGCGUAUGCUCAGCAACAAGGGAUUCCUACUGUCACUGUAAAAGCAGGAACCUAUACCCAAGCGGUCACCGUCUCUGCCACACCCUCGGUCACCAUCAUUGGUGAGACUGCCAAUCAAAAUGACUAUGCGCAAAAUCAAGUCACCAUCUCUGCUGUCAGUCCUCUCAUCAUUUCUGUCAACGUCCUCGGUAUCACAUUCAGCAACAUCAACUUCGUCAACACUGCGACGGGCAGCUAUGGGGCGGCCACCAUCCGCGGAUCCAAGAAUGCAUUUUACCAAUGCCAGUUUGUGUCUGCGGGAAGCUUAGGUAUCACCGCCAAUCUGGGACUUGGGAUUAUUGUCAACAGCUAUAUAGAGGCCCUGGACAAGGUAAUAUACAGCUAUCCCAGUCUGUACAUCUACAACACUACGAUCGUACCUGUUAGUUCCAGCGCUCUUCUUGUUUACAACAAGGGCUACACAUCUGGAGGCACCUUGUACAACUCGACCGUCGUCUUCGAUUCUUGUUCUGUCCGGCAAAAGACUAGCACGAGUAACACGAACGUCUACUUGGCAGCAGCAAACAACGGCGGGGGAUCAGUCGUCGUCUUCCGGAACACAUACCUCGCGGGUCUGAUCGCUGCUACGGGCGUGCAUGUCGACUCGGCCACUCAGAACUCUCUCAAUUUCUACGGUGAAUAUGGGACUACAGGAGCGGGAUCUUACUCCAGCAAUCAGGCCUCGCGCUCGCAGUAUAUGUCUCUGCUGAGUGCGUCGGACCUGGCCCGCUUUUCAAUAAACAAGGUAUUUGCCGGCGUAUAUCCUCAAUUUGCCUCUUCGUCUACCAACUGGGUAUACGCGGAUGUCCUGGCAGAGAUUGCAAACUCGGACGUGAUUCAAAGUGCAUCCACAGCCGUACCGACCUCGGCUACCGUUGCCACAUCGACUGCGGCUUUGACAUCUUCCAGCAUGGCUUCUGUGACGUCUACCGCAGCCAUGCCGUCCUCCACCCUGGUUGUCUCUCAGAAUCCCACUGCUGGCCAGUAUGCCAAUGUCAGUCACGCGAUCGCAGCUCUGCCUAAUGAUGGCCAGGCAUACACAAUCUACAUCAAGGCGGGAACCUAUACCGAGCAGAUCUCUAUCACGCGCGCAGGCAAGGUUACUCUUCGUGGUGAAACAUCCUUUGAGAAUGAUUACACCCAAAACAUGGUUACUAUCCAGUUUUCUUACGGUGUCCUGACCAGUGCUGGUCAGAAUGAAAACACUCCGGUUAUUUAUGCAAAGAAGACGGACGGCUCUGGUCUCGCGCUGUACAACAUCAACUUUGUUAAUACGUACCCGCAGACCAGUAACACCGCUGCCUUAGCUGCAGAUUUUUACGGUUCGAACAUGGCAGCAUACGGUUGUUCCUUCAUCGGUUACCAAGAUACGCUCUUGGCUAACAAAGGUACGCAAGUAUUCUCGAAUUGCUACAUCGAGGGCUCGGUCGAUUACAUCUGGGGUUUCUCGACUGCCUAUUUUCAUCAGUGCUACAUUGCAUCAAAUACUCCCGGCGCGUGUAUCGCCGCCCAGAGUCGUGCCUCUUCCACUGCCGCUGGGGGGUAUGUGUUUGACAGUUGCUAUGUGACCUACACCAACACCUAUCAUGCCACCUUUGGUCAAACAUACCUCGGCAGGCCUUACUCUCAAUAUAGUAUUGCCGUGUAUAUGAACUCCUACCUAGAUAAGCACAUCAACAGCGCCGGAUGGAGCAUUUGGUCUACCAGCGCACCUCAAACUGACCACGUCACCUUUGGAGAGUACAACAACUCGGGUCCUGGAGCAUGGUCGUCCAACCGUGCGUCAUUUGCAACCAACCUGACCGCAGAUGCUGCCAGCGCGUACACACUCUCGUCCUGGAUUGGGAAUACGGCCUGGUUGGACAUGACAGCGUAUAAUUAUGUUCCUUCCUAUAGUCUUACCGGACCAUCCACGAGUACAAACACGACCGCUCCCACUCCGACCAGUACUGCUACUCCCUCCUCCACCGCGACUGCAACAUGGGGACAUCCAACCAGCGGAACCGCUCCCCCAGCGGGCGCGAUCAUUGUCUCUCAAGGUGGCACCGUGAACGGUUCCUACAGCAACUUGACGGCUGCAUUGGCUGCUCUACCCAACGAUGCUUCGACCCAGGUCAUCUUCAUGUAUCCCGGAACCUACACCGAGCAGGUCCCGUCGAUCAACCGGAAUGGGCCCGUUCAAAUCAUUGGUUAUCAGUCUGGCAACCCUGGCGAGACCUACAUCACGAACCAAGUUAUUAUCACUUUUGCUCGAGGCCUGUCUGUGUCUCCUCUGCCAACGGGUCACUCUGAUGCCGAGACGGCCACUCUGUCCACCGCCAGCAACAAGAUUGCGCUCUACAAUAUCAACAUAAUCAACAGCGAUAAUUUGGAUGGAUCGCAGUCGUCCUAUGUGACUCUCGCCGCAUCGAUUUAUGGCUCACAAAUUGGCUUCUAUGGCUGUAGCUUUAUCGGUUGGCAAGAUACCCUCUUGACGGGCAGUACGGCCGGAUAUCAGUACUACGAAUCGUGCUAUAUCGAGGGUGCAAUAGAUUUCAUCUGGGGAUACUCCAAGGCGUAUUUCAAGGGAUGCACCAUCGGCGCCAAACGAGCCAAAUCUGCCAUUACGGCGCAAAGUCGAGUGUCUUCUUCUGCUGUCGGUGGAUACAUAUUCGACGAGUGCACAUUUGAAGCCGCUCCCGGUGCAACAGUCGAUCUCACCCGGAGCGUGUAUCUCGGUCGUCCGUAUUCCGCGUAUGCCCUGGUGGUCGUCAAGAAUUCGUACUUGAGUGAUAUCAUCCAGCCCUCGGGAUGGAAGAUCUGGAGUACCACCGACCCCCGUACGGACCAUGUCACGUUCGCUGAGUUCAACAAUUCUGGCCCGGGUAGUUGGGAGAAUAAUGUGGCUGCUCGACAGGCUUUUGGCAAUUGUACUCUACUUCCCUCGGACACUUAUACACUUGAAACAGUCAUGGGGCCGACUGACUGGAUUGAUCUGACAUACUGGGACUCUGUUACCAUUCCAACUGGGACCCCAACCACUACGGCUACAGCGACCGCUACUCCUACUGCUACGCCAACAGCGUAUGACGGGACUGUCCCUCCGGCUGGAGCGUACAUCGUGUCCAAGACGGCGAUUGAAAAUAUGACUACUUACGACACUAUCCAGAGUGCGCUCAAUGCCCUGCCUACCUCCAGUAAAGCGACACCCACAGUAUUCAUCUACCCGGGUCUCUACGAGGAGCAGCUUGUGCUAAAUCGUUCCGGGACCACGAUCUUCAUCGGCUACUCAACCUCGACCUUCGACUACAACAGCAACCAGGUUACUAUCCAGUACAAUGCUGGUGUCGAUACCCAGGCCGACCAGUCCAACUCGGAUAGUGCCACUGUUUAUGCCACCGGUAACUACUUCCAGGCUAUCAACAUCAACUUCGUCAACAAUUUCGGCACAGCUAAGGACUAUGCAUCCCUUGGUUUCGCGGUCAAGUCAAGCAAGUAUGCUGCUCUUUAUGGCUGCCAGGUGAAGGGAAACCAGGAUGCGCUCUUGAUUAAUGGAUAUUUCUUCGCUAGCAACAGCUACAUCGAGGGAAAUAUCGAUAUGAUCUGGGGAUCGGGAGCCGGGUACUUCCUCAAGUCAAACAUUGCGCCUAACAAAGAUGGCAUCAAUCUGACGGCCGAUAAGCGCUCCACGAAUACUACUGCCGCUGGGUUCGUCUUCGACCAGUGUACCAUCGUACCCUCUACGGGUGCCGGGACAAUGUCCGAUAUCUCUCUCGGCAGGCCAUGGAAUUCUUUCGCUCGGGUGGCGUACGUGGAUUCAUACCUGGACUCGGGUGUGACCGCUGCUGGAUGGGAGCGGUGGUCGUCGAGUACUCCAAACACCGAUGGGGUGGUAUUCGGAGAGUAUGGCAACUAUGGACCUGGAGCGUCGACUGCUCGGCGUGCCUCGUUUGCAACUCAGCUGGAUGACAGCAGCGUUUCUCAGUUCCAGCUCUCACGUUUCUUCGCCAUUACAUCUUGGAUUGAUUUCACCCAUGUCAGUGGAACUCCAUUCGUCCCUGGAAUUUCGAUCACCACAAGUGCGGCUGUGAGCUCAGCUACGCCGACUCCGAGUGUCGUCGUUACAGUCUCGACCGUGACAACUACAAUGACCGUGACGAAUCAGGAGACUGUGUACACGACUCUGACCUCUGUGGAUAAGACUUCUACGGCCAAAUAUACUGUGACGGAAGAUGUGGGUACAACUCUGACUGCAGCCGAGUCUUUCAAGACAACGACGCAGAAGACUACCAUAACGGACACGGUGAUUGUCUCCCAGCCAACGGUGACGAGCACGAAGAUAGUUGUCAUUACCAGUGAUGUCGGCCUCACUAUCACACCGGCUCCGAGCACGAGUACGAGCACGCUAAAGGAAACUACCACAAUCAUUGCAACAAUUACCCAGGCGCCGUCUACUGUCACUGUCAAGAGCACAUUGACCUCUGCCACGACCACCACGGUGACAGCCAAAGCAGUAACAACCACAACAACUGCAGUGGCCACAACGACUGCUAUCACAACAUUGACACCAGGAACAGUCAAGGUAACUUCGACUGUCGCCGUCACUACGGGUACGGGCGGCACCACCACUAUCACGGCCAAAGCUACCACCAGCACCGUUAGCGUCACCUCCACGAUCUCGAAGGCCAAGACCACCACGACUACGAUUGACUGUGUUCCCGCUGCAAAGAUAAAGCGGAGUGUAAUCCCUCGAGCUGCUGCCGCUGCGACUGUCACCGACUACACCACCCUCACCACAAUUGUUAAGACAUCCACGGUUAAGCUCCCUGCGUCAACCGAUAUUGUCACUGUGGUCACCACGAAGACAACCGGCAAGACGACGACGAUCCCAGCCUCAACUAGCACCAUUACCGUCCUGUCAACCGUGACCAAGGGCACGACCAGCACCAUCCCAGCGGUAACCAGCUAUGUCACGCAAACCAGUAUCUCAACCAUCGGAAAGACUACCACCCUCAGGGCCUCUACCGGCACUGUGACUGUUACCUCGCUCGCGACCAAGACAUCAACUACCACAGUGGUUGGUGCAACUCAGACCGUCACCAGCCUCAAGACAAUGACAAUCGAAUCGACCGUCUCGCUUCCUCGGAGCACGCUCACCUUGAUCAAGUCGACCGUCUCGACGAUCCAUUCGACGGUCACGCUCGCCACUCCUACAAGCACGAUUGUGAAGACGACAACAUAUAGUCUUACCCCUUCGGCGACGGUUACUUCCAGAGCCACCAGUACGAAGACAACAACGGUAAAGACGACGAUCACGCAGACGGAGACCGUGACUAAAACGUCCAAGGGGGCUGGAGCCUGUCCUACCAACUAA